AUGCGCUUCGGCUACAGACUGCUAUAUCUUCUGUUGAUAAUCGUGCACGUACUACUCGUCCUCAUGCAUGUGGGCUUGCUCAGCGUCUGGGCUCUUCAUGCUGAACAAGCUGUCAUUGUUCCCCUUGAUCAAGCUGGUGAGGUAUCGACCCAAGUCAUCUUUGCACUGCAGGUCUUCAUUAUUCUAUACACGGCUCUUCUGCUAUUGAUAACACAACGUCUCUCUAUCAACAGUCUGGUCGACCGCCCUAAAACACUCACCGCUGUCCAUGAUAUCUCGAAUGCCUGGACAGGCUUGGGCUCUGCGCUCUUCAGCUUGGGAAGGCAGUUCUCCAUACCUGCGGCAGUUUUCGGGACGCUCGGAGUGACGGUCUAUCUCGCCUCCCUUUCUGUGUUGCACAUUAGCACGCCGUCUCUUUUUACCAUGGAUACGUACAACCAGACGGGCGCAUUGUCUGUCGGCCUCACUGCUGGCAUGCCCAACAUCACUAAUGCUACAAUGCUUGGCUAUGACCGUGGAGGCGCCUUGUGGGCAAUCACAAGCACUAUGCUUCCAUACCUCAUCUUUGUCAAUAAUCAGUCAACCCUAGGGCUUGCCAACGGUACUUUGUAUGAUAUCUUGGAUCCAAACAUUGGCACAGGCAACGUCACCGUGAACGCUACGACUGCCUCGGUGGCGUGCCACACUGUCCCAAAUGCUGCUGCAGUCUUGACAUAUGCAAGUGAUGAAGAGUACAUCUGGACAGUACACGCAAUAUACAAUGAUUACAACAUCACAUUUGACCUCGUUGGCAUUCUCGCUAGUACAGGUGUUAUAAAACAGUUUACAUGGUAUAACGAGGCCGAAAACUCCACGCUGCUCCUCGGCCGCAAUGCAAUAUUCAUAACCACAUUCGGCGUGGUAGACAGUAAAGGGAACACGGGAUCGUACAUCUCGGGGUACAAUUACUCGGAUCUGCAAAUCAUCGGAUGCACGCUUUCAUGGAACUCGACCAAAGUCAUCGUGGACUCAAGCACAAGAUUUAUUGUGGCGAUGGAAUCAGGAGUUGCUAACAAUCGGUCGUCCGAAUGGUCUGUCUGGAGUCCUGGUCUGCAGUCCUUCCCACAAGAUAGACAGAAUUUGGAACUUGACAUGUGGGCCGAUAUGUUAUCUAGCUCGACUAGUGGGAUGUUCGCGAUCGGAAACACAAGCCCCAAUAGUACAAGUUCCUCUGAGAUAGUGGGCACGCAGACAGAACAGUCUGUCAAGCUGAUUCUCCCGGCCUCCAUCGAUGGCGGCAACGUGACACUAACACAGUUUGAAAAUGCCGUUGGUGAAAUGACGGCGGAUGUAUUUUGGGCAGGUACUCACGUGUUACCUGCUGACGUUUGCCCGAACUGUUUGACACUCGCCCGCGGUUCAACUGGCGUUCCGAAAACAGUAUCUCGUCUGAAUCUCAAUCUGACAGCAAUACUCUUCGGUUUGGUCUCGUCUAUCAUCCUCCUCAUCAUCGCGGUCUUCUUGACAUUCGGCGUCACAAAAACGAACCGCAUGAUAGAUGGAAUGGGCGUAUUGCAAUUCCUCUGGCUGGUCUCCGAUCGUGCUACAAUACAGAAGCGCCUUGCCGGCAUCGACGAGCCAACAACGGGCGAACUACGCAAAGUCGGCAUGUCUGAGACUGUCAGCAUCAGAGACAAGACUGCAAGAGCAGAAUCGAUCGAGAUGGAGUACAGUACGCUGGGCACAAAGGACUACGACUGAUUUGUACGCGACCCUACUCACGAGCGGACGACGGGGCCGGCAGAGGUCACUGGUUAUGCGAUUGUGAGUAGCCUUUGAAAGUGACAUAGUGUUUGAGAGCCGCCAAACGGAAACCGAGCCGCACUAGUUUAUACUUUGAUCUUGCAUCUACUUGCUCUACUUCUAGUUUCAGGACGUUCUUCGGAUCAAUUAUGAUGACUUGACAUAGGUCUUAUUUCAUAAAACACG